AUGGGAGUUGGGGAAAGCCAACAGCCUUCCAAUGAAAGAACCGGUCAAUCGGGUCCAAGGGUGCAGGCAUUAGAGUUUCCAAAACUGUCGGGUAGCAAGAACAGCCCCCGUGGAUUCACUGUAAAGAAAUCACCCAAAAUCCAAAUUGGGGGCGAGCGUAGGAAAAGAAAUGUCCUGCGGGGGAAAGAGAGGCAGAACCCGGAGCAGAGUAAGAUGGCUGGAGAGCACAAUGGAGGGUAUACCGCAGGUUCUUCUGAUAUGGGGAAACAAAGUCAUAAUACUUUUGUUCUUACCCGGCGCCGAAGACUCAUACUGGAGGCUGACCUUGACGAUGAUGCGUUGGAGAUCGAUCGGCCGCCGAUCGCAGAGGAAACUGGGGGAAGAAAGCUCGGGCCGAUGCAAGGUGGUGAUGGCGGCGUGGAGGGAGUGCUGGGGACUGCAGCUGCUGCUGUGGCGGGCCGAGUCCAAUUAACCGGUGUUGUUCGCUCAGGGGGCAUGGGCCAAGCCGAGGUGGGCCGGGCACUAAAGCUGGGUGAUGGGCCAGCCCGCCCGAGGCUAGAUGCGGCCAAUGCAGGGAAGAAGGGCCGGCUGAGAAAAGCUGGGCCUCCGAAGAAGGUUUCCCCCUCUCCCAUGCGUGGGCCAGUAGGGGAGGUCGGGAUGCAGCGGGCUGGUGUGCCUAUUGGGCCGGCCAAAGGCUCUGGUCCAAGUGAAGGAAAAAUCCGGGCCCUGGUGUUGGCAGACUCUGAUUCGGAGGAAGAGGCUCAAUGUUUUGAAAUUAAAAGGCGGCCUUCUACUGCUAAGAUGACGAAUCAUAAUAUAGCUAUACCAAGGGGACAUGUGAACCAGGUAGUCGCAGCCUUUGAGGCUGGUAUGGAUAUCACUGAUGAUCAGGAGCCUGUCCUGCAGCCGCAGGAAUUAUCACUUGAUCCGGAACGGAGUAUCCAGGGUGAGGUCCAGGACGGUGCCCCGCAGCUGGAUGAGUACGGGUCGAACCUUAUGAACCCAACUAUUGGGACGCGCAAACGGCCAUUGGAUGCAAUGGGAGGAGAGUUGGGAGAUAACCCCGUUCCAAAGAAGCAGUUUGUGGAGGAUGAAGAGAAUCUGAAUCAGGUGGAGGAAGCCAGUCAUAAGGGGCCCCAGUCUGAUAAAUGA